AAGGUCAUGUCGGCGCCGUCGAGUCUUGCCGACCUAGCCGCGCUGCCACCCAAGCGACUCGGCCACGUCGUCACGUAUGUGCACCAAGUGCAACACACGAGCCUCAAAGCCAAGCCACACACGAUUCUGUGGGUCGGCGACCAAAGCGUUGCGUACUUCAAGCUCCAUGUAUGGGCCGCCGAAGCGCCACUGGUCGCGAAGCUCAUGGCCGGCGACAUUGCCGCCUUUCGCAACCUCCGCGUCAAGUGCUUUCGCGGUGUCGUCGAAGGGCACUUGACGCGGUCGUCCUCGGUCGUCGCGCUCAUGCGGCACAACCAGUUUUUGGAUCCGCAUCGCGCCGAGUCGCCGUCCUUUUGCACCCUCCUCCCACUCCUCGAGUGGACGCGGCAACUCGAGGCGUCGGGCCGCAGCUUUGGCCACGUCAACAUUCCCGAGAUUGCGAUCAAGGACUUGCGCGAGAACAUGCUUGCGCACGUCGUGUGCCAACUGCGCCCGUGCUUGCCGCCUGCGCCGCAAAGCUACGUCAUGCUCUAUAGCGGCCCGGAAGACGGCAUGUUGCUCCAUUUAUCGAACGACCUAAUGCCGUUUCGAUCGCUUCGGUUCGAUGUGCCGGCGCGGGUGACGCACCUCAUCGUCACGUUCGACGCGUCACGGCAGUGCCUCGUGGCCAACACGACCGGCGAGUCCCGUCUCGAGUACCUGGUCGACGUACCCGAGAGUGGCGCCUCCACGUCCAGUUCUCUCGAGUUUGAUAGCUUCCACGACGCGAGUGACGCCGAACUCAACGGCCACGUCAUUCUCCGACGCGUGGGCAUCCGCCACGUCAUAUUGCCGUUUGCGUGGGAACGCGAAAGCGCGUGCCAGCUCAUUGAAAAGUACUGCGUCCACUGCGAGACGACGUUGCCCGAGGCGCCGCUGGAGGUAUACCCGCGCCUCUAUGGCUCCUGUGUGCACGAGUGCGAAGGAAAACCGCGGGAUGUGUGGCGAUACAAGUCGUUCGUACUGGAGCUCGUGGACGUGCACGGUGUCUGCGCCCAAGUCCACGCGCAUGACGUGGCGAUUGAGCGGCUCUUGGGGCAUAUUCCAGCGUCGCUCGUGGCUGCGCCGACGUCGGAGAAUGGCCUCGAGUACAAGGUGAUUGUUGAAGCGCUCUUGCGGUCGCUGACCGACACGUCGCACCCGAUGGACGUACAUGUCUACUGCAGCGUUGUCGGCCAAACCACGGUGUUUGCCCUUAUCGGGAUUCCCUCCUAG